AGUGUUGCAGUAGACUGGGCGUGACUGGCUUUCGGCGGGGUGAGCACUGCAACCGGGUGGCGCAUUUCUGCAGGCUAAGUACAGCAGAGCCCAGCAUCCUUGAGUUCAUAAGUACCACUAACAGCCGGAGAGGAAUAACUAUUUAUUUGUAGCUGUGGUUGCAGAACAUUUCCCCACAUAAAUUUUGUGCUAUUCAGACAUCAUGGAAGAUGCUGUUCACUCGCCGCAGGUCUCGUCCUCUUCUUCUAGCGAUUUUGAACGGUUGAGUUCUGGAGAUGGAAGUCGAGAAGAUUUGACGGUACCGGAUUAUACGGCGCGGGAAGAAGAGGAUGGAAGAGUAGAUGCAAAAGAAAUGCAACCCGUUACUGCGCAAGUGGUGGAUUCUCCCAGUGAUGCUCAGAGGCAGCCGGUGUCCACCGCCUGGGAACCGAUGAAGUUGGACGUCACCCCCCCAAAGGCAGAAGAGGAGGUACCUCAUUCGCCUAUUUCUGACAUCAGGAGUCAAGAAGACAAAACGCAGUCCAAACCCACAACUAAGCAGGUGCCGAGCGACGAUGUGCAAGUGACUUCUUUGACAGCAGAAUCAACGUGUUGUGAUGAGUCAUUCUCUCCUCAUGCUUCACCUUUAUACUCUGCAGAAGGCUUAGUGGACUUUAAAAAGCAGCCAAGUAAUACGGAGUUUAUUGUUGGAGAAGAAGGUUUUGUAUCAACAGUGGCCAAAAGUAGUGCUCCACGCUCCUCGUUAUCUCCGCUGUCUGAAUCCUUAGGAGGACAGAUUUCUGCAGCUUUCUCAGCUGAUACAAAUCAGAAGCCUAUAACUGCCUUGGAAGAGGAGCUUCUGCAGUCUUCUGGUGGAAAUAUGGAAUUUAUUGAGAGUUUAAAAUCUGAUCAAAGUGAAGGGAAUGAUGAACAAGAGGAUACAAGACAGACAGUGCUAGUCUCUUCAGAGACGGCAAUAACCGAACAAGUCUCUGAUGAUAAAGGUAUGGGAAAAAGUAGUGAUAACAUUUAUGAUACAGAACAUGAGUUAAAACAAGACAGUUUUCAUGCACUACAGACCAUGUCUGCGGUACAUGCUCCAGUACAUGAAGAGUUGCCUGAUCAAGUAAUUAGCAGCACUCCUGCAUUUGAUAGUGAAGAACAGGAAUAUUUGGGGUAUGACCAGGAUAAUGUGCUUGAAAAAUGUGAAUUGUCAGAUGACCAAACCAAGCUACAUGACACUGAUGUAAUUGAUUCCUCCGAUUUAGUACAAAGCACUGAAAAUGCAGAAAAUGAAACACUCGAGUCUGAGGUUAAUGUCCAGAUGGAAAGUGAUGCUGGAAAGCCUGCUUUAGUAUUGGAGAGCUUGUCUGUUCAGCACCCUACAUCUGUAAAACUUGAAGAGCGUGACCUUGAAGUACAUGAAAAUCUGAGAGAGCCCUCUCGGGGAUAUGCUACUUUUGCAGCUUUUGAACCUUCAUCAGCAUAUUUUGGAGAUGAUCUUUCUCCAGUAGUAGAAGAAACACUAGUAGCAAAACCAAAAGACAGUGUGUUGGAUCAGGUUCAUACCAUGCCAUAUGAAAUUAUAUCAUCUGAACCAGAACCUUUUGUUAGCAUAGGACAGGCUGCUAUAACUCCAGACAGUUUGUCAAAGAGUUCAGCAGACUCUUCAACAAAUGCGUCAGAAAUUCCCACACCAGAUUUAGUUCAGGGGGCACAUGAGGGUGACCUUCAUGAUGUAAUUUAUUUAAAGAACAGUGAUGAGUCUACAGUAGACUUGGUACAGACUCUACCAGAACCACCAAAAGAUACCCCUAGUCCUAUAACAAUGUCACCAUCUCCUGAAGGUUCUGAUUCAGUGCAGUCUCCUAUCUUGCCUGAUAUUAUAAUGGAAUCUCCUUCAAAUAUGAACACAUACAGGGUUGAAACCACUGUAUCAGCUUCACCAGAGCCUAGAGAUCAUCUUUUAGAGACUGACAUUCAGCAAGAAGUUCCAUGUGUCCAGGAAUCCAGUGAAUUUGUCACCACUGAAAAGUCAAAUGAUUCAUCAUUAGAAGUACUGGCUGCUUCUGUGGGGAUUACCCCAGUUGAUAUUGCUUCCAUUCAGGAGCCCAUGUAUGCGCAAAACACUACCGAAGAAAUGGAGACUCCUUAUAUGUCUGUCUCGUGUGAUCUAAUAAAAGAAACCACCUCAAAAGAAAAGGUUCCUCUUGAAGUGGUUGGAAGUGUAGAACCCUUCCCAUUGGAAGCAUUUCCUGAAUAUACAGCUAGCUUUGAGCAAGCCAUAAAGUCUCCUACAACUUAUCCUGAGGUGCCUUUGGUUCAGGAUGCAUCUGACCUGAUGCAAAGCAAGGAUGUGCAUCCAAACUUGGCAUUGCAUUUAGUAGAAGGACAUGAAGAAGCAUCAACUCCUUCUCCAGACCGUAUAAGCAGAGAGAUGGUUGAAGGUUUUUCUCCAUCUGAAGUUGGCUUGGAGUAUUCCCACUCUUCAGUAGAAAUCCUGAAAGGAACUGCACCUCUGAUUGUAGAGGAGCCGAUAGUAAAAUCCUUUGAAAUGGAAUCCUUAAAAGCAGAGCUGGCUGAAGCAUUAGAGGAGCCGGUUACAGCAGUUCAUGAAAGCAGAUUGGAACAACCGAUUACAUUUGCUCACACAAGAGAUUUGGAGGAGCCUAUCUCAGUGGGUGAUGGAGGUUUGGAGGAGCCAGUCAGAGUGGCUAACUUCAGAGAAUAUUCUAGAGUAUGUGUAGAGCCAUAUGUUUCAGAGAAUAUUCCUUUGGAUCAUGAGACUUUCAUAACGGGUCCAGUAAAAGAUGGUUUUGAUACUUUAAUUAGUGCUACAGUUAAGUCUGCUGCAGAAGCCAAGGAGCAUGAAAUUAUACCACCAGGUGAUCCUAAAGUAGUAUUUGACAGCUUUGAGUCCGAGAAAACUGAAUGGAGUCAUGCAGCACUGGCAGACACCACUUACUUUCCUCCUUUGGACAUUCAUGAAGUCAAACGGAGUACAGAGCUCAUAGAAAUUCCCACUUUACCUGGCACAUUAGAAAAGCAAGCACUUGAAGACUUGGAGAAGCCUUUACUGCUUGAAGAUGCUGCUGUUGCGGAAGAGACCUCUUUUGUAGAUAGAGACAAUACGUCUGAGAGUAAUGCAGCUCUGGAACUUCCUUCAAGCUCUAGCACACAAGAAACCCAUAAAGAUACAGCGUCUGUUUUAACAAAGUUGAACAAAACUGAAGGUAUAGACCUCCUGUAUUGCAAGUGGAUGGCUGGAUGUGCUUGA